AUGACGACGCCUAACGUUCUCGCGUUCGAGCUUGACGGUCGCCCCAUAGAGUUCGCUGUGUGGUUAGACGACCUCCAACUGUUCCUUCUGACCGAUGCCAAAGAGGGCGUUUCACUGUUCGAUUACGUGUCUGGCACUGCCGUUGCUCCUACUGCCGAUGCUCCUGCUCUUGAACGCUCGCAGUGGCAGACUUGCGAUGCUGCUGCACGCCUAGCUAUUAGGAACCAUCUGCCGAUUACUGAGCGCGCGCAUUUCAGCCAGCACAAAAGUGCUAAGACGCUGUACGACGCUGUAGUUGCGCGCUACUCCUCCCCGGCCACUGCAGCCAUAGGUCGGCUCAUGCUACCCUACCUGUUCCCCGACCUUUCCUCGUUCACCGCUGCUGAUGACCUCAUUUCUCAUCUGCGCGCUACUGACACUCGCUUUCGUGCCGCCCUUUCAGCCGAGUUCUGCGCCGCAACCCCCCCCCCCCCCCCCCCCGCCCCGAUGUACUUCACUCUCUAUUUCCUCGUCAUCCACCUCCCUGACACUCUUAGCUCUGUCAGGGACCACUUCCUAGCGCUAGACCCCACCACUCUCACUGUCGACGACUUCGAGAAGCACCUCCUCGCAGCAGAGAAGAACAUCCUCGCUGUAGGUGCUGCUCGUGGCACUCCUCGCUCUCCCCUCUUUGAGGGGUGCUCCCCCUCCCCUCUCACCCCCUCCUACGCCUCCGCAGCUGCUGCUCACGACUACCUUGGUGCUGAGGAGGUCGGAGCUGCUUCCGCUCCUAGUGGGAAGCGUCGCAGCGGCAGGGGCGGCAGGGGUGGCAGGGGCGGUGGGGGUGGCGGUGGAGGUGGCGGUGGUGCAGGCGGCGGGGGGGGCAUGGGAUAA